GGCAUGUGGGUUCUGGACGUAACAAACCAACAAGCCUUGGAUAAAGCCUGAGCAAGACCAAGAAGAGCUUUAAAUGUUCUGUCAAGCCACUUUCUUGGUUGUAGGGUGAUUAACUGGCUGAGGAAUCAGGCUUCAUGCGAAUGCUGAUACCACAGUCAUUAGAGCUUUUCUCUCUCCAGAUGGCUUCUGUGUUUCCUGGUCCUCAGCAAGGUGUGUAGGUCAGUGAGACCAUUAUACCCUCCAAGAUGGUGGCUUUGUCACUAAAGAUCUGCGUGCACCAAUGCAACGUGGUAAAGACGAUGCAGUUUGAGCCAUCCACGCCUGUGUAUGACGCAUGCAGGAUCAUAAGGGAACGCGUCCCAGAAGCGCAGUCUGGACAAGCUUCCGACUAUGGUCUUUUCCUAUCUGACGAUGAUCCCAGGAAAGGAAUCUGGCUGGAGUCUGGAAGAACCCUGGAUUACUACAUGCUGCGAAACGGAGAUGUUUUGGAGUAUAAGAAGAAACAAAGACCUCAGAAGAUCAAAAUGCUUGAUGGCACAGUGAAGACCAUUAUGGUGGAUGACUCCAAAACCGUCGGGGAGCUGCUUGUAACCAUAUGCAGUAGAAUAGGAAUCACCAACUAUGAGGAGUACUCACUAAUUCAGGAGGUGACGGAGGACAAGAAGGAGGACGGGAUAGGAACACUCAAAAAAGACAGAACGCUGUUACAACGAGAUGAGAGGAAGAUGGAGAAGCUCAAAGCCAAACUGCAUACAGAUGAUGAUUUGAACUGGCUGGACCAUAGCAGGACUUUCAGAGAGCAGGGAGUGGAGGAAAGUGAGACACUGCUGCUUAGACGCAAGUUCUUCUAUUCAGACCAGAAUGUGGACUCGCGGGACCCGGUCCAGCUCAACCUGCUUUAUGUCCAGGCCAGGGAUGACAUAUUGAAUGGAUCCCACCCUGUCUCCUUUGAUAAAGCCUGUGAGUUUGCGGGAAUCCAGGCUCAGAUCCAGUUUGGACCCCACGUGGAGCUCAAACACAAGCCUGGAUUUCUGGACCUGAAGGAAUUCCUGCCGAAAGAAUACAUCAAGCAAAGAGGGUCAGAGAAGAAAGUAUUCCAAGAUCAUAAAAACUGUGGAGAAAUAACAGAGAUGGAAGCCAAAGUGAAAUACGUGAAACUGGCCAGAUCAUUGCAGACAUAUGGAGUGUCCUUCUUCCUUGUGAAGGAAAAGAUGAAGGGUAAAAAUAAGUUGGUCCCACGCCUGCUGGGGAUCACCAAAGAGUCUGUGAUGCGAGUGGAGGAGAAGACUAAAGAUGUGGUGCAGGAGUGGCCCCUGACUACUGUCAAAAGAUGGGCCGCCUCCCCUAAGAGCUUCACCCUGGAUUUUGGUGAAUACCAGGAGAGUUACUACUCUGUCCAGACUACAGAGGGAGAACAAAUAUCCCAGCUCAUUGCCGGAUAUAUUGACAUCAUUCUGAAAAAGAAGCAGAGUAAGGAUCGCUUUGGCCUUGAAGGAGAUGAGGAGUCCACCAUGCUGGAGGAAUCUGUUUCCCCGAAGAAGUCCACCAUUUUGCAGCAGCAGUUCAACCGGGUGGGUCGGGUGGAGCAUGGCUCUGUAGCCCUUCCAGGUAUUAUUCGCUCAGGGUCUGGUGGCGGCCCUGACACUUUCAAUGUGGGCAACAUGCCCUCUGCCCAACAACAAAUCAUCACCGGACAGAUGCACAGAGGACACAUGCCACCACUAAAUCUGGCCCAGAAGGCUCUGAUGGGGACAAUCAACAGCAGUAUGAAUGCUGUGCAGCAGGCCCAGGCUGACUUGGGUCAUGUCGAUAAUCUGCCUCCUCUUGGACAUGACCUGGCUUCGAGGGUUUGGGUUCAGAAUAAAGUGGAUGAAUCCAAACAUGAAAUCCACUCUCAGGUUGAUGCCAUCACUGCUGGAACAGCAUCUGUGGUCAAUCUCACUGCAGGUGAGCCCACAGAAACUGACUACACAGCAGUUGGUUGCGCCAUCACCACUAUUUCCUCCAAUCUGACUGAAAUGUCCAAGGGCGUAAAGCUGCUCGCUGCAUUAAUGGACGAGGUGGGCAGUGGACACAAGCUAAUGGGUGCUGCCAGGAUGCUGACAGGAGCGGUGUCAGAUCUCCUCAGAUCUGUUGAGCCUGCAGCCGCUGAGUCUAGGCAGACUGUGCUGACUGCAGCAGGAAGUAUCGGUCAAGCCAGCGGGGACCUGCUCCGUCACAUGGGGGAGGGCGAGACUGAUGAGAAGUUCCAGGACACCCUGAUGAACCUGGCCAAGGCAGUGGCCAAUGCAGCUGCUAUGUUGGUUCUGAAGGCCAAGAAUGUGGCCCAGGUGGCCGAGGACAACAUAUUGCAGAACCGCGUGAUUGCGGCCGCCACUCAGUGUGCCCUGUCCACCUCACAGCUGGUAGCGUGCACCAAGGUGGUGAGUCCGACCAUCAGCUCCCCUGUGUGUCAGGAGCAGCUUGUGGAGGCUGGGAAGCUGGUGGAUCGCUCUGUGGAGACGUGCGUCAAAGCUUGCCGCUCAGCCAGCGACAAUGGCGAGCUGCUGAAGCAGGUCGGCGCAGCGGCCGGCGUGGUGAGCCAGGCCCUCAGCGACCUUCUGCAGCAUGUCCGCCAUUACGCCAGUUGCGGCGAGCCCAUCGGACGCUAUGACCAGGCCACUGACACCAUCAUGAAUGUCACCGAAAACAUUUUCACUUCGAUGGGUGAUGCCGGUGAGAUGGUGCGUCAAGCCCGGGUUCUAGCACAAGCCACCUCUGACUUGGUCAAUGCCAUGCGAUCUGAUGCAGAGGCAGAAGUGGAUGUUGACAACUCCAAGAAGCUAUUAGCAGCAGCUAAACUCCUGGCUGAUGCCACAGCUAGAAUGGUGGAGGCGGCUAAGGGGGCGGCUGCUUACCCAGAGAAUGAAGACCAGCAACAGAGGCUCAGAGAGGCAGCUGAGGGUUUGCGUGUCGCCACUAAUGCUGCCGCUCAAAAUGCAAUAAAGAAAAAGCUGGUCAGCAGGCUGGAGAUCGCUGCUAAGCAGGCGGCGGCGGCUGCUACUCAAACAAUUGCAGCUGCACAAAAUGCUGCGGCUUCCAACAAAAAUACAGCCUCACACCAACAGCUUGUACACAGCUGCAAGGCAGUAGCAGACAGCAUUCCUCAGUUGGUGCAAGGCAUGAGGAGCAGCCAAGCCCAACCUGAAGAGCUUGGGGCCCAGCUUGCCCUCAUCAUGGCCAGCCAGAGUUUCUUACAACCUGGAAGUAAAAUGGUGGUGUCGGUGAAGUCAGCCGUUCCGACGGUGGCUGACCAAGCUGCUGCUAUGCAACUGGGUCAAUGUGCCAAGAACUUGGCGACCUGCUUAGCAGAGCUAAGAACAGCCACCCAGAAGGCCCAUGAAGCGUGUGGUCCCCUGGAGAUCGAUUCAGCCCUCAAAACGGUUCAGACGCUCAAAUGUGAGCUGCAGGAUGCCGAGAUGUCCGUUAUUGACGGCCAACUCAAACCUCUCCCUGGGGAAUCGUUGGAGAAGUGUGCUCAGGAUUUGGGAAGCACAUCGAAGGCUGUGGGCUCAUCCAUGGCCCAACUGCUGACUUGUGCUGCUCAAGGCAAUGAACAUUAUACAGGUGUGGCUGCUAGAGAAACAGCGCAGGCUUUAAGGACACUGGCACAAGCAGCCAGAGGUGUUGCAGCCAGCACUAAAGAGCCUCAGGCUGCAGCUGCAAUGUUGGACUCUGCCCAGUGUGUCAUGGAGGGCUCAUCAAUGCUGAUCCAUGAGGCCCAUCAGGCCCUGGUACAUCCAGGAGACGCUGAAAGCCAACAGCGACUUGCACAGGUGGCCAAAGCUGUGUCGCACUCGUUGAAUAAUUGCGUAAACUGCUUGCCAGGCCAGAAGGAUGUUGACAUGGCUCUCAGGAGCAUCGGAGAAGCCAGCAAGAAGCUGCUGGUGGAUAUUCUUCCUACCUGCAAUAAGACAUUCCAGGAAGCCCAGACUGAUCUGAACCAUACAGCGGCUGAGCUCAACCACUCCGCAGGCGAGGUCGUUCACUCCUCCCGUGGAUCGAGCAGCCAGCUGGCUGCUGCCUCUGGCAAGUUCAGCCAAGACUUUGAUGAGUUCCUGGAUGCUGGUGUAGAGAUGGCAGGACACACACAAAGCAGGGACGAUCAGAUCCAAGUCAUUGGUAAUCUGAAGAACAUCUCAAUGGCAUCCAGUAAGCUUCUGCUGGCUGCCAAGUCUCUGUCUGUAGAUCCAGGUGCAGCCAAUGCAAAGAAUCUUCUUGCGGUUGCAGCAAGGGCGGUGACAGAGAGUAUCAACCAGCUGAUCACACUCUGUACACAGCAAGCUGCAGGACAAAGGGAGUGUGACAAUGCCUUGAGGGAGUUGGAGGCUGUCAGAGGGCUCUUGGAUAAUCCCAGUGAGCCCAUCAACGAACUGUCCUACUUUGACUGCAUCGAGAGCGUCAUGGAAAAUUCAAAGGUCCUCGGAGAGUCGAUGGCAGGCAUCUCUCAGCAUUGUAAGACAUGUGACGUGGUGGCUUUUGGGGAGUGUGUAGGCGUGGCGUCCAAGGCUCUUUGUGGGUUGACGGAGGCUGCAGGACAGGCCUCUUAUCUUGUAGGUGUGUCUGAUCCCAAUAGUCAGUCAGGCUAUGAGGGGCUGGUAGACCCCAUCCAGUUUGCACGAGCCCACCAAGCCAUACAGAUGGCUUGUCAGAGCUUAGUGGACCCAUCCAGUAGUCCCUCACAGGUCUUGUCUGCAGCAACGAUUGUAGCGAAGCACACAUCAGCUUUGUGUAAUACCUGCCGCCUUGCGUCCUCAAAGACCUCCAACCCUGUUGCUCGGAGACAGUUUGUUCAGUCAGCCAAAGAGGUGGCCAACACCACCGCCAACCUGGUCAAGACCAUCAAGGUCAACUCCCCAACUGAUCAAAAUGCUCUAGAUGGAGAUUUUUCUGAAGACAACAGAAAUAAAUGUCGAAUUGCUACCACUCCGCUCCUUGAGGCUGUAGAAAACCUGUCUACCUUUGCCAACAACCCUGAUUUUGCGAGUAUCCCAGCUCAAAUCAGCAACGAGGGUUCAGUCGCCCAGGAGCCGAUUGUUCGUUCAGCCCGCUCCAUGCUUGAUAGCUCCACUUACCUCUUAGAAACAGCACGGUCGUUGGUCCUCAACCCCAAAGAUCCCCCCACUUGGUCUAUACUAGCUGGUCACUCAAGAACAGUUUCUGACUCCAUCAAGAGCCUCAUCACUUCCAUUAGGGACAAGGCACCAGGACAGAAGGAGUGUGAUUACUCUAUAGAUAGCAUCAAUAAAUGUAUCCGGGACAUUGAGCAAGCUUCCUUGGCUGCUGUUGGACAGACCCUGCCCUGCAGAGAUGAUAUCUCCAUGGAAGCACUACAGGAACAGCUGACUUCAUCCGUGCAAGAGAUUGGGCAUCUGAUUGAUCCUGUCUCCACAGCCGCCAGGGGUGAAGCUGCCCAGCUGGGACACAAGGUGACUCAGCUGGCCAGCUACUUUGAUCCACUUAUUGUAGCAUCAGUUGGCCUGACCUCCAAACUGCAAGACCACCAACAGCAAAUGACCAUUCUGGACCAGACCAAGACUCUCUCAGAGUCUGCCCUGCAGAUGCUUUACGCUGCCAAGGAAGGUGGUGGCAACCCAAAGGCUUCACACACCCACGAUGCAAUCUCAGAAGCGGCCCAGCUGAUGAAAGAGGCUGUGGACGACAUCAUGGUGACUUUGAAUGAGGCGGCCAGCGAAGGGGGCAUGGUCGGGGGCAUGGUGGAGUCCAUAGCCGAGGCCAUGGGCAGGCUGGAUGAAGGAACACCUCCUGAACCUGAGGGUUCCUUUGUGGACUACCAGACCACGAUGGUGAAGUUCUCCAAGGCCAUUGCCAUCACAGCACAGGAGAUGAUGACCAAGUCAGUGACCUGCCCCGAAGAGCUCGGCGGCCUUGCCUCUCAGGCGACGGUGGACUAUGGGCAGCUUGCACACCAAGGGCGCCUCGCUGCAGCCACAGCAGAGCAUGAAGAGGUUGGUUUCCAGAUCAAGACACGUGUGCAAGAGCUGGGUCAUGGCUGUAUUUACCUGGUCCAGAAAGCUGGAGCCUUGCAGCUCAGCCCCACAGACAGCUUCUCCAAAAGAGAGCUCAUCGAGUGUGCACGUGCAGUCACUGAAAAGGUGUCACUGGUGCUGUCGGCGCUGCAGGCGGGCAACAAAGGCACUCAGGCAUGUAUCACAGCAGCAAGUGCUGUUUCUGGCAUCAUCGCUGACCUGGACACGACCAUCAUGUUCGCCUCGGCGGGAACACUAAACCCUGAGAAUGAGGAGUCCUUUGCUGACCACAGGGAAAGCAUUUUGAAGACAGCCAAGGCGCUGGUGGAGGACACCAAGCUACUAGUUGCUGGAGCCGCAUCCAGCCAGGAGAAGUUGGCCCAGGCUGCCCAGUCCUCAGCCAAGACCAUCACACAGCUCACAGAGGUGGUCAAACUGGGAGCGACAAGCAUGGGCUCCGAGGACCCCGAGACACAGGUGGUUCUGAUAAACGCAGUGCGCGACGUGGCCAAGGCUCUGGCCGAACUCAUCAGCGCCACUAAGUGUGCCGCAGGCAAGCCUGCCGAUGACCCGUCCAUGUAUCAGCUCAAAGGCGCCGCUAAGGUCAUGGUCACCAACGUGACGUCUCUUCUUAAAACGGUGAAGGCAGUGGAAGAUGAAGCCACUCGCGGGACGAGGGCACUGGAGGCCACCAUUGAGUUCAUCAAGCAAGAGCUGACAGUAUUCCUGUCGAAGGAAGUCCCGGACAAGUCCACCACACCUGAGGAGUUCAUCCGCGUGACAAAGGGCAUCACCAUGGCGACGGCCAAGGCCGUGGCAGCGGGCAACUCUGCUCAGCAAGAGGACGUGAUCGCCACGGCCAACCUGAGCCGCAAAGCUAUCUCUGAUAUGCUGACAGCCUGCAAGAAAGCGGCACACCAUACAGAAGUGAGUGAGGACUUAAAAAGCAAGGCCCUGCAGUACGGCUCGGAAUGCACUACGGGAUAUGUCAACCUUUUGGAACAAGUCCUACAGGUGCUGCAGAAGCCCACGUUGGAGCAGAAGCAUCAACUGGGCAUCCAUUCGAAGCACGUGGCGGCAAGUGUGACGGAGCUCAUCCAGACAGCCGAGUCCAUGAAGGGAUCAGAGUGUGUGGACCCCGAGGACCCGACUGUCAUCGCAGAGAGCGAGCUCCUCGGAGCGGCGGCGUCCAUUGAAGCUGCGGCCAAGAAACUAGAGCAGCUGAAGCCCCGAGCCAAGCCCAAGCAGGCAGACGAGACGCUGGAUUUCGAGGAGCAGAUUCUCGAAGCAGCGAAGUCCAUCGCUGCAGCGACCAGCGCUCUUGUCAAGUCUGCAUCAGCAGCUCAAAGAGAGCUGGUGGCACAGGGCAAGGUUGGAUCCAAUCUAGCCAAUGCGGUGGAUGAUGGCCAGUGGUCGCAGGGACUCAUAUCCGCGGCCCGGAUGGUCGCCGCGGCCACCAGUAACCUGUGCGAGGCGGCCAACGCCUCCGUGCAGGGUCAGGCCAGCGAGGAGAAACUCAUCUGCUCAGCCAAGCAGGUGGCUGCCUCCACAGCUCAGCUGCUGGUGGCCUGCAAGGUGAAGGCGGACCAGGAUUCUGAGGCCAUGAAGAGACUACAGGCUGCUGGUAACGCAGUGAAGCGAGCCUCGGACAACCUGGUGAAGGCGGCACAGAAGGCAGCCUUUGAAAAGACAGAAGAUGACAGUGUGGUCGUCAAGACCAAAUUUGUUGGAGGUAUCGCUCAGAUCAUUGCGGCUCAGGAGGAGAUGCUGAGGAAGGAGCGCGAGCUGGAAGAAGCCCGGAAGAAGCUGGCUCAGAUCCGACAGCAGCAGUACAAGUUCUUGCCCACCGAGCUGAGGGAGGACGAAGGUUGACGGGCGGCCAAGAUGGGACGCUGUCACGCCAGCGCCAUUGGCUCUUUUUUACUCUCAUGUAACCGAGGAUUAUACAGCACUUGAAACAGGCCUGUUUGGUAAGACAACCAAGUGCCUGUGCUUUGUCGUGUAUUUGUGCGUGCGUGUGUGCGUGUGCUGACAUUUAGUAAAUAAUGGCAAUGUUUGAGAUAGCACGAUUAAGUCGCGUGAGAAACGUCGCUUUGUGAGUGUUACUGCAUCAUUACCGUUCCAAAAAUGACGUGAAGAAUGCAGAAGUUCUAAAUCUAUCAUUGUUACUGAAUGUUUUGUAGUCAAUGAGCAAAUAGUAGUGACCAGAUGAUCGUGGCAGAGUAAAGCUAAGGGUCCAUAGCUUCGCUUAUGAUAUUUUAAAGGACCAAAACAAAGGCAGGAGGGGGAUCUCUCACUUCACCACUGGCUCGCACGCACCAUCAAAUUUAUACAUAUCAAUGAAGCUACUAACCAAUACAGUAGUAGAGCAUAAUGUCACUUAUUAAUAUGAUAUUAAAAUGAAGCGCUCGUUCCAAAACGCGAUAAAUGCCACAUUUAAAAAAAAAAAAAAAAAAAAAGAAUGAAAAAAAGACCUUGCAAUGCCGUUCUGUUGUGUACCAUUUUCUGUCUCAGAAUAAUCAAAAUAGAUUUAUAGUGUUUUGGAAAACAAUCCUUCUGAUGUGAACUUUGGAGAUGCCAGCAAACCUAAAAAAAAAAAGAAUAUAUAUUCAUUCUGGAUUGAUAUUUUAAAAGAAAGUAGUUUUUCUUAAAGAGUGAACAAGAAAGUUGUGUCUUGUUGUGACCAAAAAUGAUCUGCUUGCUUAUCACUUCACUCCAUCUUAAAAAAAUAAAAAUAAAUUGCCAACUCACACAGAGCAGUGCAACAAUCAUGUUGGCAUUAUCUGUCAUGUUCAAACUUAUAUUUUUUGCACUAAUAACAAUACAAUAAGUAUUACAGUGAACCCUCUAAGGUCGAACAUAAUUUGUCCUGGGAUUCUGGUCAACCUCUGAUUUGUAAUAAUGGCUAUAAUGGAAGUAGAAUUUUCGCUAUCACAAAACCCAUAUGGAAGUUACAUUAAAUAAAAAUAGGUUCACCACUGUUAAUGACAACAACUGUGCAUGUGCGACUUAAGAUGUGUAUUUUCACCAUUUCUCCUUCAAAUUCUACGACCUCAAGGGCUUUCGGAGGUUUCGCUGUAUUUAUAGCAAAUAAAAAUACCUGCAAGCUAUCAGCAAAAUUUGCAAGGCACAAGUAAUUACAAAGUAGUGAUUAGCAAUAUGUCAUCAUGAGUAAUUUAGUAGGUAGGAGGUGCGACAAUAAAAUACUAUAUAUACUAUACUGUAUUGUAUUCCAAAUGAACUAUUUUCUAGCAAAAAUAUAAGAGCAAUACGAGCAUCGUGUAAGCCCAGUUGCAUGCGCAGACCAAUGCGGCAACAUGCGCCAAAAAAAAACUAAAUGGCAAAUACUGUAUGCUGACAUAUGGGGAAAUUAUUAUAUUUUGCCAUGAAAACUCUAUGUUGCCUUCUUUAAAAGGACAUUUCACUUUCAUAACAUUUAUUUGUUUGAGAAAACAAAUCUUUUUUUUCAAAUGACCUGUAACUAUGACGGCUUUUACUGAAUCCUGUGCAUUACUUUGUGUAAAACAUUUUGAAAAGUUUUACGAGAACAAGCUUUGAUUUUGCAUCACUGGCAUGUACAUGUGACCAGUUUUAGACUAUAAUGAUUAGAAUAGAUUUCAAAAUGUGUCUUGGUCGUACACUACUCACAAAAAGUUAGGGAUAUUCGGCUUUGGGAUGACAUAUCACGACAUGCCUAAAAUGCUCUGUAGGAUUUACAGGUGAAUUUAAUUUGGCCUUCCUUAAAUUUUUGAAUGCACAUGUCCAAUGUUUCCAUACUUUUUGAAACAACUGCUGUUUUCUACACAGAGCUUGAUUGCUAAAUUCACAGGUGUUCAAUCCAUGAAUUGACCAGUACACAGAAGAAGUGGCAGAAGAAUACAAUCAGAAUUGGUAUUUAAACAUGCUGUUCACAUUUUGACAUCAUGAGACUAAGCCAACCAAACAAUUGAUCGACAUCACCUCACCAUUGCCAAGUAUGUUCUCAGAGGGAAGUGUCCUGUGCUGUUAGAGUGUCACGGUGUUAUCAGCAGAUUGCAACAGCGAUGUAGAAUGACUGGAAGAGUCACAGAAAGGCAUAGAAGUGGAUGUCUUUGAAAUUUUCAUGGCUCAUGUACCUGUUAUGAAUGUUGCUGUUCAGCUCCUUGUUAGAGAACAGCAAGUUGCACAUUUGCAUUCUAAAUUUUAGAUAAAGUUACCACCAUAAGUUCACCUGUAAAGGUUAUCCAGCAUUUUACGCUCAUCUUGAAAUUUCACAGGAUAACCUUUUGUGAGGAUUGUGCAUUUUAAAUAUAGAGUGUAAGGACUUAUUUGUCAAAUAUUUACAUUAACAAUGAUUACCGUCACAAUCUCAUAAGAGCACAUAGCAUCCACAUUUAUCCUCAAUGGUCACUCACGUUCAUGUAGACUCACUGUAUCGAUACACUGGCGAGCUGAUGAUGGAGGUCUUGCACUGUUACAGGGUGAUGAUGGAGGUCUUGCACUGUUACAGGGACUGACUUUAUGUUAUCUUGAAUGAAAUGAGCCUAUUGGAUGCACUGAAAUUGCUUCAUAAAGCUUCGGUUGUUUUGAGUCUUAGACAUUCCUUCACACAGUGAAAAGGUAACCAACUAAAGCUCUGGUUCAGAAGCCCGGUUCAGUAAGUCAUAUUUAUUGGGAAUUUCCAAGCAGGUUAUCUCCUGCGUUGUGUCUUAGUGCCUUACUCGAGUGUGUCGUGCAAGCAGCUGAAGAUGAGUCCCGGUUGGGCCUUGAGCCUUGAGAACAUUUUUGCCAAUCUCCAUCAAGGCCUGAGCGCAACAAGAGGAGUCCUUUGCCAUACGAUCCAAUGCCUUGGCUGCUGGCCUAUACCUGCCUAUAUUGCUGUCAUGGAUACCUUGGGAUUUAGAAACUAUGAUGGAAUACUAACUGCAUUCCUUGAGCAUGUUUGUGUUUGAAGUUAUGAGAAGUUGUUUGAAAAAAAAAAAAAAUCAUGAAGUUGGGCUGUUCUUGUUUCCUUGUCUGUCAUCGAACCACUUUAAAAUGUCUGUUUUUACAAGUAAGAAUUAUCCUGACAGACAGUACUGGGCAAAAUGUCUGAGGCUGACACUAGCUUUGUUGUUUUAAUGACCACUUACAUUGUUGUCAUUUGGAUACGGGACAAAUACAAAAAUACAGAUGUCUUUUUUUUUUUUUUUUUUUUUUUUUUGGUAGAAGCCCAUAUCUACCUUCGACAAAUAUUUGGAUUCAGUUUACUUUUUUAUUGUUUUUUUCUCUUUUAAUCUUAUUUCAUUUUGUUUUGUUUUCUGUCUUGUUUUGUUGUUGUUGUUGAUGUUGUUGUUGUUGUUGUCGUUGCUUGAUUUUAUUCCGUUCUAUUUAUAAUAUUCUGUUUGGACUUGUUUCCCCAUUUGAGUCAUGAUGGCAUCUAUUAAAAAGAGUUUGCUAAAACAACCAAACUAGUGAUAGGCCAGUAUGUUUGCCCAGCACUGUGUAUUUAUUGUCUGAAUGGUUUGUGCAAAUAUUCAAGCAAAUGGUGGGGCAGGAAGGUGAUUGUGUUAUGAAUAGGUGUUGUGCUAAACCGCGUUUAGUUUGAUGACUUGAUGCUCUACGUAUGAUAUUUAUCUGGUCACAAAAAUAUUUUUUGUAUUUAUCACAAAAUAAAAAUAAAAAUCAAGCAGA